ACCAUCGGACAGGGAAAGAAAAACGCAAAUGGCUUCAAAAUGAGUGACUUGGGAAGAAGUUUCGUGCUCUGUUUUUUAGCAUGCAAUCCUUAACACUGACUUCGAGACUGAUCAAAAUUUUCCACUUCUUUCGACCAUGAAAGAAAAUAAAGAAAAAAAACGUGGGAUUUCCUUCAGUUUUUCUGGUAUUGUGGACCUGAAACUGAUGAAUAAAAAUAGGAGAAAGAAGAGAAAAGGCGGUUUGGUGUUGCUCAUUUGCUAGCUCCACGUUAACCUUACCUUGACCAAAAAAAAAAGUUAACCUUACGUUUGCACAACUCCCGUGGGAAAGUCAAAAUCACCCUUCUUUAUUCAAUUCUAAAGGGAUAAUUCUGUAAAAACGAGCGCUCUCGGCCUUAUGUUUCUCUCGCUUCUCUCCAACAAUCUCCACUCACACUCGCCCAAAUGUGAAACUGAAAACCCUAGCUGAGCGAAAAAGAAAGCAAAUUUAAGAAAUGAAGACUCCAACAUCUAGCACAGAGACACAGCUUGAAAUCCAAGCAAUCAUGGCGGAACUCCCACCUGAGGUCAUCAUCAACAUACUCUCUCGUCUACAAGUUGGGCGCCUCCUCUGCUUCAGGUCCAUUGCCAAAACAUGGCGUUCCCUCAUCGACAGCCCCUAUUUCGUCGAUCUCCACCUUGAAAAAUCCGCAGAAGCCAAAUCCCAUCUCAGUUUGAUUCUCAGAAAGGACUCUGACCUCUAUUACAUCAAUUUCGAUUCCUUAGACGACGCCGUCGAGCUCAAUCACCCCCUCAUGUGUUACAGCAAUCGAAUUCGCGUCUUGGGCUCCUGCAACGGCCUCUUGUGCAUUUGUAAUGUGGCCGAAGACAUCGCUCUCUGGAAUCCAUCUACCAAAAAGUACAGGGUAUUGCCCUCUCUGCCCUCCGAUCGAAAGCGCGACUCGGGCAUGUGUUUGUGUGGUGCGAGGGUUUAUGGGCUCGGAUACGACGCCGGUCACGAUGACUAUAAGUUGGUCAGGAUUUCCCAGUUCAUCGGAUUGGAUUACCUCUCGUUUGAGUCUGAGGUGAAGGUUUAUAGCCUCAGAAACAAUGCGUGGAAGAAAGUCGAAGACAUGCCUUAUGUGCUCUGUUAUACACGAAAAAUGGGUAUUCUUGUGAGUGGUUGUGUGCAUUGGGUGGUGACCCGGCAGCUUGAAUUGGAUCAACUUGCAACCGAAUUGGUCAUUGCCUUUGACAUUGUGAAAGAGACUUUUCGGGAGGUGCCGAUGCCGGAGAGCAUGAACAGGAAAUGCCAGAUUGAUGUGGGGUACUUGGGAGGGUGUCUUUGUAUUGUAGCUAAAUAUGAAGAUGCGGGUGUUGAUGUUUGGACGCUAAAGGAGUAUGGGGUUAGGGAGUCAUGGAGUAAGUUGCUUACCUUAACGCAGGCUCGAAGGAUUAAGAGUGUUAGGCCUCUGGUGUAUUCAAAAAAUGGCCGUGAAGUUUUGUUGGAACAAGACCACGAAAAUCUUGUUUGGUUUGACUUGAAAAGUCAGAGGGUCAAGAGUGUUAAGGUUCGCGGUUUGCCGGAUUUGUUUGAGGCUGUAGUUUGUAUGGAAAGCCUUGUUUCAGUUCAUCCUAGUAGACGAGAUGAUAGGAAAAAGCAGGAAUCUGUAGGGGGGAAGAAGAAUAAGAAGAGGGAUGAUUUCCUGGCUGAAGGCUUCAAGUUGGUGCUUUAGGCAAUCAGAAAAGAAGACAAGAACAAAGAGUGGAGAGGCUGAAGAUGAAGGAACCAUGUUGAAUUUGAGCUGAGCACAUCCGUGUGUCAAACGACUAGAGCAUAAUUACCUUACAAUACUUAAACUUCCUUUGUAGGAACAUACUUAAGUCAGGUUUUGUCCAAUCGUUACCAUAUCAGGUGCGCAUUUCUUCUUCCACAGCUGCUAACCAACAACAAGGAGGUGCCUUCUGUAAGACUCUUUUUCUUCCAGUUAAGACCUUCUGUAAGAGAUCCUGAAUGUGAUAAUCACGUACUUUCUAAUACAGUUACUGUGCUGUUGUGGAAUGUAAUAGUUACUGUGCUGUUGUUGAAUGUAAUAAUCACUACGGUUUUUAAUGUAAUUAGUCUAUGUGCUUUCCAAUUUUGUAUGUACAGAAAAUGACUAUGUAGGAACUUAAAACCUUUUAAAUCAACAAGGAUAGCAUUCUCUUGGUUCA